AUGGAGGUGACCUCAGUCACCAUCCUGGCAGAUGCUGAACAGGACACACGCACGAUAGAAGAGGAGCUGCUGAGCAAUUUCUUCACUUCAAAGUUGAAGCAGAGUAAGCAUAGUACCAUCUUGUGGCGACUGACGCUACUGCAGGUGUGCGGCCUCCUGGACGGCCUGGAGGGGGCGUGGCAGCCAGAGAGCGAUGGACCUAUCGAGGACGAGGAUGAGGACUACAGGCCCCGCCUACCUCCCCUCAGUAGCCAAUCAGCAGAGGAUGUUUACACCCUCCAGAGCCUCUGCAGAGUACUGAAGCCCCGAGAGGUGUCGGACGUUGAGGAGUACCUGAGUUCUGACGCGUUACUGAAGAGGAAAUCUCCCUACAUCCUGAAGAGGCAGGCGGCCUAUAGCAGCAACAAGCAGCCACGCCGACCAUACAUACUCAAACGCUCUCCAAUACUAUACUGA